AUGCAGUUUACAUCGCAGGCGUCAUCAACGCCUCCGUUGUCGGUUUGGAUGCUGAAUGAAAGCCUCGAGCUUAGCACUGAAAUACUGUUUACAUCCGUGUCUCUUAUCAACUCAUCGAUCGAAUCGUCCGCUUCUCAAGAAAACCCCGAUCUCACGAUUUAUGUUGUUUUGAUAUUUGUCGUACUACUGCCGCUGUCGAUAUGCGUUCUCGUCGGGAAUAUUCUAGUGAUCAUCGCUGUGUACAAUAGCUUCUACCUUCGGGAGCGAGUUUUCUAUUACGUCGUAGGAAGCAUGGCAGUCACCGAUUUACUUGUCGGCUUUUCCAUCAUACCCUUAUAUUACGCAGCUAUCUUUGUUCAAACAGUGAAGGAGAGUCUUUACGGCUGCAUGACUAUGAUAAGCAUCGUGAUGAUACCAAGCACCAUAUCAAUACUGCAUGUUCUCAUCAUCGCUGCCGAUCGGUACAUCGCCGUUUUCUAUUCCUUGGAGUAUAUACGCCUGGUCACAAAACGGAGAAUUUUCAUCACCAUAGCUGUAAUAUGGGCAUUUGCACUUGUACUCCACUCUUUCCCGUUUGUGGGGUGGAGGAAGACAAAUUCCGAUCCAAACUUCGUCAUGCAGUAUUGCUUCACGGACCAGUUCUGGACACCAUCAUUUGCAUGUUUUCAGUUUGGUCUCACAGUCGUAGCCCCUCUCUGCAUCAUGAUUGGUAUCUACGCACGGAUAAUUGGAGCUGCGCGUCAUCAAGCGCGUCGAGUCGACGCGCAACAGGAAUUCGCCUUCAAUAGAAGCGAGGCGAAUGGGCAGUUAUCCAUUAUUUCUGCCGACGUCGAGAGCAACAGCCAUUCUUGUGAAUCGCAAGCCCCUGCCGUCAGGAUCCGUCGCGGGCCAACAACGGCCGAGUUGAAGGCCACAAAGACAUCAGCCAUAGUGCUAGGUACGUUCCUUGUAUGUUGGUUGCCCGCAUACUGCAUCCAUAUAUCGUUCACAUUCAUCAACAGUAACCGGCCAGAACCGCUCCAUAACCCAACGAUUGGUCUCCUGCAAGCUAUGUCCAAUCUCCUUCCCUUCAUUAGUUCUGUAGCUAACCCUGUCAUUUAUGCCUUUCGCUACAAGGACUUCCGCAAAUCGUUCAAACAAUCGCUUCAAUUUUCUUUUUGGCGACGGGGAAAUUAAUCUUUCUUGUCUAAAACACAAUUGCUUUAAAUUUUCGAACUUAAAGGACAUUAACCAAAGAAUAAUAAAUAUUUAGCCGAGGAAUUGGGAGUGAGACUCUUAUCUCCCCGAUUGAAAGUAGAUUAAACGUCCAUUUUUCCUCUGAGCAGACGCUGUAUGAAACUGGCAAUUUGUACGAAACGAUGAUUAUAUUCAAAAUGAAUUAGCAGACUGAGCCAGACUGAUAUUUCAGUAGUAACACCGACAUGACUGACCGACAUAGGCUAAUACUUCAGUCACACUGCCAACCCAACUCUUAACCAACCGAUUCUUAGCCACUUGGGGGUAAUAUAAUGAUUUGUUCGGUCUGUUUUCGGUUGGGGUCCAGUCUCAUUGUGGUGUAGUUAUUGUUUGUAAUUAUUGCUGUAUCAAAAUAUGAUAUAUUUGUCAGUGUAUGCCUUGUCUUCACCAGUAAGUAUUAAGGAAGUGUGUGACAAUGAGACGUUCAACUAUUGCCAUAUCUUUUGAAUAUACCCCAUUAAAACCGAUGAGGCCGAUAACAGACCAAAACAAACAGAACAAAACAUGAUAUUGUCUGGAAUGGCAAAAAAUUAGUCGUUUUGAAUAUGGUUCGGAAUCGGUAUGACUGAGGUAUCAUUCAUACGAUCUUCAAGAAAAUCUAAGUCUGCAUGGUUGGGAAAUGUUCUCGCAAAAGGAAAUCUGUGUAGGGCAGGAGUAUCAAUCAAUCUGUCUGCGUAUAAAGACCCGCAAUCUUUGUAAACUUAUGGCCAGAAAUCUAUCCGUUUCGAAAGCAAACAGAUUGAAAGACCGGAGGUAAAAUUCCAUUUCAUUGCUGUGAACGACAACGCUUAAAUUAUUUUUUUGCUUGAAGUUUGAAAUCAAAUGCGAUUGUUCAUCACUGUAUGAUACACGUUUGCACAGUUACACCAGUUUCACGGUUCUUCUGAAAACGUUUGACAACAUAUUUCAAGAAAAUACAUUUUCAGUUGAAAAAUAGCAGUGAAUACAGAUGUAGCAUGAUCGAAGAUUUGCAGAUAUUAAUAAGAUCGCUAAAGAUAAACUUGAAUUCUGGUAAAAAAAAGAAAAUGAAUGCUCACAGAA